AUGAGCCAGGUAAAACUAGCCUUGCGGGAGAUCCGCAUCCACUUAUGUCAACGCUCAGUCGGCAGCCAGGGCGUCAGGGACUUCAUAGAGAAAAAGUACGUGGAGCUGAAAAAGGCGAAUCCUGACCUACCCAUCCUAAUCCGCGAGUGCUCCGAUGUACAACCUAAGCUCUGGGCCCGCUAUGCAUUUGGCCAAGAGAAGAAUGUCUCUUUGAACAACUUCAGUGCUGAUCAAGUAACCAGAGCAGUGGAGAACGUGCUACAUGGCAAAGUGUGA